AACUCUGGCGACUACGAUGUUUUCGAGAUCCCCGAUGAUGACCAUGAUGAAAAAGAUGAACGACCAGGUGGUAAUAAAGCCGUAACAAAUACGUGUUCCACUUCAAUAUCUACUAUGAAGGAAAAGGCGAAGCCAAAGUUGAAAGGCAAGAAGGAGAAUGGCACAAGUGGUUCACCAAAAAUGACCGACUUUUUCGCGAAGGGCAAGAGUAAGAAAAAGAGUGCUGCUUCUGACUCUGAUGAUGCCAUAGUCAUUGAAGAUGAUUCGCCGGUACCGCCACGUCAGCCAAGUCGUCGGCCUCGCACAGGUACAAAGUAUAACUAUGAUAUCAGCGGUGAUGAAGAGGAGUAUGAACAGCCACGAGCCAGAAAGAGAAAGGUGGUCGAUAGCGAUAGUGACUGA